AUGUCAGCCUCUGGCGUAAGCGCCUCAGAUCAAAUCAACCGUCUCUCUUGUACAAGAUGCAAAGAACGCAAGGUCAGAUGCAGCCGUGUUAUGCCAACAUGUACGCGGUGCGAGAAUCAGGACCUUGAGUGUGUGUAUCCUAUUCGGGCAAAGAGGAGAUCUGCGCGUCCAGUGAUCGAUCCAGCCCUCUCUUCAGACAGCCCAAAUGCUGCUCUUAACACAAUUCUUGAUCGGCUGCAACGUCUCGAGGCGCAAACCGUUACUGGUGCAGCCAUCCCAACUACUUCUGUUGGUGGCUCUGAAGCCUCUUCGUCACCAGUUGCAUACAGCACAUCCAACGGUCAUGAGCCCAGUGCAGUGACACCCCGUAAUGGCUCGAGUGUAUUGACGCCUCAAAAUGACAGUCGUAUUAUGGACGCUAUGACUGUGCUGAAGGAUGCAGUUGAUCAUGUCCAAGAAUUGAGGAAACGGUCCUUUGGUCCCAGCGUCAUAACCAAUCCGAUCAAUAUUCCCACGGACCUGGCUAAGAGAUGGGUCGCAAACUUCUUCGAGUACAUGCCUUCCUGCAUGUUUGUUAGUUUCGUCGACAGGCGUGUCCUCGAACUGCUUCCAGAGAUCACCAAUCUACCGCACAUCCAUGUUGAUCCGGUAAUGCUGGUGAUAUACUAUAGUAUUAUGUAUCACGGGUGCAGUCUAAGAGCGAGCAACAUUACUUCGCAUGAAAGUCAUGCUUACAUGAAUGCGAGUUAUUUGGGAUGUCUCCGUGCGGUCCCGAGUUGGGAGCGAGAAGCAUCAGGAACAAUGACAGAUGUUAUUGCCGCGCUUUACACAAGUCGUGUGGCUGCUGAGUUCUUCGACUACGAUCUCGCCUGGCGAUCCUUCAAAUAUGCUUGCGAAUACUGUCAAGUCCUCAAUCUACACAAACUAGACUCAGACGAAAACAACACCUUUUUCAGCGACGCCACAUGCGAUGAUGAAAGAAGAGGAUUUUGGGAAGUUAUCCAGAUCGAUCUCUUCUACCGACUCAUCCUCAACACUCCUCCUGCCAUCACGAAUAAUCCCUGGAAGGUCAAUUUACCUUGGUUAGAUCUCGACUCGGGAACUGUUCCGCAGGGCAUGCAGACGAUCACCUUCUUGGCAAGUUCACGAGUCACUCUUCUCAUCGCUAGGUUCUUCGCUAUGCUGGAUGACCCAACGAACGCGACCAAGUCUGAUAUCGUUGGCAAGACUGAGGAUCUCUGUCGGGAGAUGCAGGAGAUCUUUGCUGAAUGGCAACUAAAUGAAUGGUUGGAAGCAGUCCAAGACAAUGAAAAGGAUAUCUGGGUAGUAGCCGACGUCAUAUUAACAGGCUACACCUCCAUAAUCUACAUGUUUCGCAAAAUGGCUCUUCUCGACUCUAAUUCCCCACGUCCACCAACAACCGACCUAGACAUUCCAGAUUCUCCCAUCGUCGAAGAUGCAGCUCGACGACUCAUCACUGCGCUCAACCGCUUAUUGGAGAUUUAUCCUUAUGGAGUUACAAUGACGGCAUUAUUUGGUGCAUACCGAUGUUUCGUCGCUUUCGCUUAUCUGGCUAAUACUAUACUUCGUGCUGAAGAUCCACGGGUUUAUAUAGAGGAUAUCAGAGCGCUUGAGAGAUUGACUGACGUCUCGGCGGAGCUUUGUAGAGGGAAUGCGGAUGUUGUGCCGUUGGUGAAGGCAAUGCAGAAUAUUACGGCGGAAAUACGCAAGAAGUUAUAG